AUGUUGUUGAGUCCAGCUCGGUCUCGCUGUCACCAGCUCCCAUUCCCCACAGUGCGGACCCUCUGCAGGAAGGCGGACUCCUCGCUGUGCACUGCACCCCCCGGGUCUGCUCGGAGGGCAAAGGCUUCCCCGGAUUUUGACACUGGGGCCUACAGGGUCAAGUCCAAUUGGGAGUUGCUGCGGGCUCUGCUGGUCUUCAGGAUGUGCUCUUUUCCCUGGCUGGUGAACAAUGCGGGCAAGGUGAUGCACUGGAGCUGCAGGCUGCUUGGACGGAGGCUGUUCGAACAGCUGAUGAAGGUGACCGUCUACGGUCAGUUCGUGGCGGGGGAGACAGUUCCCGAAGUCCAGGGCUGCACUGAAGCCCUACGGAGAGCAGGGGUGCGGCCAAUGCUGGCUGUCCCUAUCGAGGAGGAUGCUGGUGAGGACAGGAGUGAGUGCUGGUUCGAGGGGAAUCUGCGGACCGCACUGUCGUGCGUGGACACUGCCCGGGUCUGCAGUCCGCACGCCAUGAUGCAGCUGAAGGUCACCGCGCUGAUGGGGGCACGGCUCUGCACCACUGUGAGCCGGUCCCUCAGUGACCUGUCUACGGCCGAGGACCUCAACGUCAGCCGGCUGGCAGAAGUGAUGGAUGGCCGGGAUCUUCACUUCAGGCAUCUGAGACUCGAGGAGUCAGUGCACCUACACACCUCACUCCGACGCCUGAGGACCCUUGCAGAGUACGCCCAGGAGAAAGGGGUGCCUCUCCUCAUCGACGCUGAACUCACAUCUCUUAACCCCGCCAUCUCUCUGGUUACCAAGGCGCUCAUGCUUCGCUUCAACCAAUCAGAGCCCUUGAUUUGGAACACUUACCAGUGCUACCUACAGGACACAGAGAGACAGCUCUUGACCGAUGUUUCACAGGCCCUGAGCCUGGGGCUCUGGUUUGGGGUGAAAUUGGUCAGGGGAGCAUACAUGGACAGGGAACGGGAGUUGGCACUGAAAUUCGGAUAUCCUGACCCUGUGCAGAAGAGCUGGGAUGACACAGACCAAAGUUACCGGAGGCUCCUGGACCAGCUGGUGACCCUGGUGAAGCAGAACCCAAGGGUGGGGCUGGUGGCAGCCACACACAAUGAGGGAUCUGUCCGGUACCUUCUCAAUAGGAUGGAGGCCCUGGGUCUGGGCAGGGACUGUGGGAUUCACUCUGCCCAGUUACUGGGAAUGUGUGACCACAUCUCCCUCACUCUGGGGCGAGCCGGUUACUCUGUCUACAAAUCCCUCCCGUAUGGAGACGUGUCCUCUGUCAUUCCCUACCUCGUCCGAAGAGCCCAGGAGAACCAGUCGGCAUUGAGGGGUAUCCGCCGCGAGAGGGAGCUGCUCCGGAGGGAGCUCAACCGGCGCCUCCUGCUCAGGAGGGGGCUGCACGACUGACAGAAUGAGGAGGGAAAGAUGUCCCAUCCCUCUCCUUUCACUCCCUCACCAGCCCCAGACCUCUGACCCAUUUCCCUCCCUCCCCGGUCACUCCCAGACUGACCUCUGACCCUGGUCACUCCCUCACCACCCCCAGACCUCUGACCCAUUUCCCUCCCUCCCCGGUCACUCCCAGACUGACCUCUGACCCUGGUCACUCCCUCACCAGCCCCAGACCUCUGAU